UGCCUGGUUCUCACGCUGCCUCUCCUCCCUGCAGCUCCCUGGCACCACAUAGAGAACCUAGACCUCUUCUUCUCUCGGGUCUAUAAUUUGCAUCAGAAGAAUGGCUUCACCUGCAUGCUCAUCGGAGAGAUCUUUGAGCUCAUGCAGUUCAUCUUCGUGGUGGCAUUUACCACCUUUCUUAUUAGCUGCGUUGAUUAUGAUAUCCUUUUUGCCAACAAAGUGGUAAAUCACAGCCAGCAUUCCAGUGAGCCCAUUAAAGUGACUCUACCAGAUGCUUUCCUGCCUCCAAAUGUCUGCAGUGCAAGAAUCCAGGCCAACAGCUUCCUCAUCUGCAUCCUGGUGAUAGCUGGGGUUUUCUGGAUUCACAGACUUGUCAAAUUUAUCUACAACAUUUGCUGCUAUUGGGAGAUUCACUCUUUCUACAUCAAUGCCCUCAGAAUCCCCAUGUCUAACCUGCCCUACUACACCUGGCAGGAGGUACAGGCCCGCAUCGUGCAGAUCCAGAAGGAGCACCAGAUCUGUAUCCACAAGAAGGAACUGACAGAGCUGGACAUCUACCACCGCAUCCUCCGCUUCAAGAACUACAUGGUGGCCAUGGUGAACAAGUCACUGCUGCCCAUCCGCUUCCGCCUGCCCCUGCUGGGAGACACCGUCUUCUACACGCGUGGGCUCAAGUACAACUUUGAGCUCAUCUUCUUCUGGGGGCCUGGCUCACUCUUUGAGAACGAGUGGAGCCUGAAGGCUGAAUAUAAGCGGGCUGGGAAUCGCCUGGAGCUGGCUGAGAAGCUCAGCACUCGCAUCCUUUGGAUUGGCAUCGCCAACUUCCUCCUCUGCCCCCUCAUCCUCAUCUGGCAGAUCCUCUAUGCCUUCUUCAGCUACACGGAGAUCCUGAAGCGGGAACCGGGCAGCCUGGGUGCCCGCUGCUGGUCUCUGUACGGCCGCUGUUACCUCCGUCACUUCAACGAGCUAGACCAUGAACUGCAGUCACGUCUCAGCAAAGGUUACAAGCCAGCUUCCAAAUAUAUGAACUGCUUCAUCUCCCCUCUCCUCACUAUUGUGGCCAAAAACGUGGCCUUCUUUGCUGGCUCCAUCCUGGCGGUGCUCAUCGCUCUCACCAUCUAUGAUGAAGACGUGCUGGCGGUUGAACACGUCCUGACCACAGUCACCCUUCUCGGAGUGGGCAUCACAGUGUGCAGGUCUUUCAUCCCCGACCAGCACCUGGUGUUUUGCCCUGAGCAGCUGCUGCGAGUCAUCCUGGCACACAUCCACUACAUGCCUGACCACUGGCAGGGCAAUGCCCACCGCUAUGAGACGAGGGAUGAGUUUGCCCAGCUCUUCCAGUACAAAGCGGUCUUCAUCCUGGAGGAGCUUCUGAGUCCCAUCAUUACCCCCCUGAUCCUCAUCAUCUGCCUGCGUCCCAAAUCCUUGGACAUUGUUGACUUUUUCCGCAAUUUCACCGUGGAGGUGGUGGGGGUGGGUGACACCUGCUCCUUUGCCCAGAUGGACGUACGCCAGCAUGGCCACCCAGCGUGGAUGUCAGCAGGGAAGACGGAGGCCUCCAUUUACCAGCAGGCUGAGGAUGGCAAGACGGAGCUGUCCCUCAUGCACUUUGCCAUCACCAACCCCAAAUGGCAGCCACCCCGUGAGAGCACAGCCUUCAUCGGCUUCCUGAAGGAACGGGUGCACCGGGACAGCAGCAUGGCACUGGCCCAGCAGGCUGUGCUCCCUGAAAAUGCCCUCUUCAGCUCCAUCCAGUCUCUGCAGUCAGAGUCAGAGCCUCACAGCCUGAUUGCCAAUGUGAUAGCGGGCUCCUCAGUGCUGGGAUUCCACAUGGGCCGUGAUGGACAGGCCUCUCGUCAUCUCUCCGAAGUGGCUUCAGCCCUGCGUUCCUUCUCCCCACUCCAGUCUGCCCAGCAGCCCUCUGGUGGCUUUCAGACAGCAGGAAGAGAUGGAGAGGGAACCCAGCCUCGUGGUUCCAGUGCCAUGACAGCCUCUGGUGCUGAUGCGAGGACCGUGAGCUCAGGGAGCAGCGCCUGGGAGGGUCAGCUGCAGAGCAUGAUCCUGUCAGAGUAUGCCUCCACUGAGAUGAGUCUCCACGCACUCUACAUGCAUGAGUUGCACAAGCAGCAUGCCCAGCUGGAGCCCGAGCGGCACACCUGGCACCGGCGAGAGAGUGAUGAGAGUGGUGAGAGCACCCAUGAGGAGCUGGAUGCUCAGCGAGGUGCCCCUGUCCCCCUCCCUCGCUCUGCCAGCUACCCCUUCUCGUCGCGGCAGCCUGCUGAGGAGACAGCCACGCUGCAGACGGGCUUCCAGCGACGGUAUGGUGGCAUCACAGACCCAGGCACGGUGCACAGAGCCCCAUCACACUUCUCCCGCCUCCCACUGGGAGGCUGGGCUGAGGAUGGGCAGUCAGCAAGACACCCAGAGCCUGUGCCAGAGGAGAGCUCAGAGGAUGAGCUUCCACCGCAGAUCCACAAGGUAUAGCCUUGCAGACUGGGGAUCUCGUGGGGGUUGCAAACUGGGAGCCGCCUGGGCAGCAGGAUGCGGUGUCAGCCCGAUUCCUCUCCUAUCUGAAGGGGAUAGGGUGGUCAUGGGCUCCGUUUUGUUGCCAUCAAUUGCUGAUGAGACAAAACCGCCAGGCCAGCAGCUGUCCAGCCGUGUGUCAAGUCAACGCCACUCUGACUGUUGUGGGGUGAAUGCGUGUGUGAGUACAUACAUGUGUCUGUGUUCACAUCUGUGUCGUCCGUGUCGGAGGAUCGCUGCAGAGCCGUGACAGCUGACGGGACUGGCAGCGGGGAGCUGUGGAUGGGCUCGGAGGUGGCAGCAACAGCUGCUGUUUGAAGGGAUGUGACAAGGCACGAGCUCCAGAUGUCUGCCCAGAGCUGGGACCUGCCUCCAAAAUGAAAACAGGGAGCUGGUGUCCUCCAGGGAUGGCUGACAGCAGUGGGAGCUGUCGGAGCUGCCUUGCUCAGCCUGUAGCAGUGCUGGAACCACACCUGCAGCCCUGGAGAAGUGCCGUGCGCCGCAUUCCACCUCACAGAGAGGACCAAUGUUGCACACCUCAGUCUGGAACGGGACAGCAGCGGGGCAGUCAGCCACCCCUCUCUGUGCACAUGCGUGUGCUGCCCAGGCACCUUGCAGCAGGUCUUUAGCCGCUACUGUGUGCGCAGAGUUGGGAACAGCUCUGCUGCAGCUCCUCCCCAGCUCCCAUGACACCUGCCCUGUCCCAGGCAUGCGGGAAAGGGUCCAUGGAGUGGCAGUCCUGGGUCUCUGUCCCUCCCCGCUGGCAGCCUCCAUGCUAGCCCUCUGGCUUGGGCUAGAGCAGCACUUCCUGCCCUGCACGGUGCUCAGGGGUUAUGAGCUGCUCCCAGGCCCUCUUGCAGUGCCAAAGAGCUGGUGCAGCCUGAUGUCCCCUGGGAGUGCACGCAGCCCGCUUGGAGCCCACAGUGAAGGUCUUGUGCUCUGUGCGCUGAUUCCCUUCCCCCAGGCAUCAUAAAGGCCUUUUUCCUGUG